AUGAUAAUCGUAUGCAAGGCCAUCCUAAUAGCAGCAACCAUUUGUUACCACGUAGCUCUUUCCCUUGUCAGACAAAACCGAAUCGAUAGAAACGCUCUGCUUUAUGUUAAGGAGUACGCCCCUUCGUUCUCUCACAAUUCCAAAAAGGAAAAACGCGUAAAAUGUGUAAAAGGAAUAAACGGGGGGAAGAAAAAAUGGAACGCCCCCUUGCGCAUGACGAACGAGAAAGAAAGCGACAAAACGGGAAAAAGUAGUACCCCCGUGGAGAGCGUAAAAUUUUACGGUUUUUCCCGCAUUUAUGAGCACUUCAAAUUGAAUAAAAAUGAGUCAGGUGUUGGUAGGGGUGACUCACAUCAGUCCAGCGAGGCUGUCAGUAGUAGCACUGCCAACAACAUCGCUGACAACAUCGCGGACAACAUCACUGACAACGUCGCGGACAGCGGCACUGGGGAGGCCCCCCAACCCAGCAGCGACCUUGUGAAGGAACAAAGCAACAACCUGCUAGUCAAAGAUGACCCGAACCGAAUCCAAAGAAUGAAGUUCGAAGAGACGCAAGACUACAGCAGCAUAUUCAAAGAGAGGGAAAAAAAGGCCCACAUCAAAACAUACGUCGCGAACAUCUUCCAGAAAUUGCCCAAAUUUAAGGACAACAUAAAGGUAAUUAAAGACGCACUGCUGUACCUAAAGUUUAUAGAAAAGGGAAAUCUAUAUUUAAUUAAAAACGUGGACAGAAGAACUGUGAAUGCAGAACCAUACGUCGAUUUGGAUAAGGAAGGGGGGUCCAAAAAUGCCAGCUCCAAAAGAGGCACGAAAAAGGGCACCAAAAAGGACAAAAUCAAGCUAGAACUUACCAGCAUUUACAACAAUAUAAAUAAAGAAAAACACACGAAAAAAAGAAUCUGCAAAGAAUGCUGCAUUAAGGUGGAUCUAUACACAAAGAUGCUCUCCCGACCAUUGAACAACAUCUACAAUGUGCACAAAAAUCUAAAGAAAUAUCUACACCCAUUUCAGUACAGCCUAUAUGAAAAUGCAAUAACAAAUUUCUACAAAGAGGGAGAAGCACCCAACUCGUUAAGUGACGUCCUUAAUAACAUUUUACAAGUUAGAAAAUUAAUAACUCUCACGGGUAAAACAUACGCAGGACAAAUGAAGUACCUAAAAACUUGCAGAGAAAUUUUCUCAAAACUGAACGAAGCUAUCGUAGAUCUUAACAUCAUCUUACAGUCAGGAAGGAAAUGGCUAGAUGUUUACAACUCGUACAUUAAACGUGUUAGAAAAAUUAAAUAUAUAGACAUUACCAAACCAGCCAUUUCCAUCAUAGGGUGCACAAAUGUAGGGAAAAGCAGUGUCCUCAAUUCUAUCACCAAUGCAAAGUCUAAGGUAGCUGAUUAUAAUUUCACCACUAAGGAAUUUAAUUUAGGCCACUAUUCCUUUACCAACCAAAAUGAUGUAUUCACAACACAAAUUAUGGACCUUCCAGGAUUAAUUAAUCGACCUGAAGAGAAAAGAAACCUUAUGGAGAAACUCUCUCUUUCCUCAUUAAAAAAUAUUCCAUCAGCAGUAGACAUUCGCUACUACCUCAGGGGGUUGUUUCCCUUCAGACCUUGGAUUGAUGUUGUCACAAAGGCGGACUUAACUACCUGGGAUGAAAUUAACCUACCGAAAGAUAUUAAAGAAAAUGCUCUGUUCAUCUCAACGGAAGAUACAAAUUCGCUACUCCCCCUUCGGCAGAGAAUCAACGAAGUGACAUUUAAGUUAACCGACUUUUUAGCGAAGCAUACGAUGGAGCCAUGA